AUGACAGCCUCUCCAUUGAAGCAUAUUGUCCUUAUCCCUGGUCCUGCAUGGGGCCACCUGCGUCCCGCAAUGAAAAUCUCCCUUCGGCUGGUCGAGAAGUUUCCGGAUCUAUUUAUCUCGCUGUUCGUAUGUCACAUAGAUGUGCCUAAGGCCGUCAAAUACCUUGAAUCUCAAACGUCCACAUACUCGAGGCGGGUCCAGAUUGUGUCUACCUCGAAAGAGGAAGGAGCCCCCAAUACAGAGCGAUGA